AUGCUUCCCUUUGCCUCAUCAAUCUGUAUCCUUGGUGCUCUCGUCUGUGGCUCUUUCGCACUACAAAGCUCUCCGACAGUUUCUAGUGCCCCCGAUGUCAGCAGCUCGAAAAUAUAUACAAGUGCUAUCUCAAGCGUCAUAGCUGCGGUGACGCCCAUGCUUGCUUUAAUAUACUUUUGUCCACUCUACCUUCUGUAUCGGCAUUCAAAGCGGCACCCAAGGUCGAUCAAUAAGAUAUCUGGAGCGCGAGUUCAGCAGUAUGGCCCACUCGUGUAUGUAUUCUUGCUGGCUGUUAGCUUGGCAGAGGUCGCAGAUGCCACUUGGUUGUUGUUGCAAUUUCGCUUCAACAACAAUGCACCUGAUCCCAUUACUCGCAGUGGUGUACGCUUUCUCUUGUGCGUUUCCUGUUGGACAACGGUGACCUCAGGCACAUACACUUUGUUCUUCCUCGAUCCCUUGUGGUCCAGACGCCCAAUUGCGUCUAUAGGUACACAAGCAGUCUGGGUGCUUGUGACAUGGAUAUUCUGGGUUGCCGGAGCAGGUCUGUUCAACAAGUCGUUCCCUCGCUUGUUCAUGAGUGGAUCAUGCAAUGGAGUUGUGUAUUGUGGUCAAUUGCAAGCAAUUUCAGCCCUUGCAGUUGUUCAGAUCCUCACCUUGACCUUUGGAAUGCUUGUGAUUACCUGGCUUGUUUGGCAAUCGGCUCGCAGUAUUCGCCAUCCGAUGGUUAUCCGAGUUGCAGCCGCUAUAUAG